AUGCUGGCCGCGGUGCUCGACCGACGCCAGGUCGUCGCGGCAGGCGGGCUGCUCGCCGCCUCGCCCUCCGGCCAGAGCGGCGCCAGCCUGCCUCCUCUGGCCACAUUCGGCGUCCAGGUCUAUGACGACGACGCUGCCGAGCGCUACACCACGCAGGCGCUCGAGGCCGGCUACCGAAGCUUCUUCACCUCGCCAGAGGCCGGCAACCAGCGUGGCUUCGCCCGCGCCGUCCGUGCGAGUGGCGUGCCGCGACAGGCGCUGUAUAUCGCCGGCAGCGUCCUCUCGGACGACGCGGAGAGUGAGCGCGCCGCGCGCCAGCUGACAGCGACCGCUUGCGACGAGAGCCGCAGCGCCCUCUCCGACGGCGGCGUCGAGACGCUCGACCUGCUGCUGAUCGAGCGCCCGGCCGGCAGCCGCGCCGCGGUCCGUGGCCAGUGGCGUGCGCUCGCCUCGCGCCGCGAGGAGGGCUGGGCGCGAGGGCUGGGCACGUGCAACUUUGGCGCCGCCCAGCUUGACUGGCUUCCCGAGCGCCCGCUCCUCAACCAGUCGCCCUUCUCGCUCGGCGUGCGCAUGCCGCACGCCGCGGUGCUGCAGCAGCACCGGCUGCGCGGCGUGGCGCUGCAGGCGUGGGGGCCACUCGGCGGCCCGUUUGGCGCCUUCCCGGCGCAGAUGUGGCAGGCGUGCGCCGAGGUUGGGGCCGCGCGCCGAGCGUCGCGAGAGCAAGUGGCGCUCCGCUGGAUCACGCAGCAAGGCGUGGGAUGCUGCGUGCACUCGCGAUCGGCCGCGCACCUGCGCCAGACCCUCGCGGCCUGCAGCGGCAGCUUUGACCUGACCGAGCGGGAGCUGGUGCGGCUCGGCGAGCUGGCAGCCGAGCCGUUGGUGUGA